AUGUCAGGCCCCCCAAUACAACUGCAGCAGACAAAUAUUCAGGACAUUGAAUAUGGAGCUUUGCCAGAUGGGAGUGUCACUUCUAAUUUACAGGCCAAGGUUGCCAUUGUCCGACAGUCCCGGAUAAAUUGGCAGUCUUAUUUACAGUACGAUUCCAUACAUUUUGACACCUUUAGAGGCCAAAUGAUUACUUCGGAGCAGUUCAAUUUUAUUUCCCAAUUUGACAAUGCUACAACGCCAGAAGCACGCUCCCGCAUUAUAUCGGAAAAUCAGCAUGCUGUAGGCCCUGUUGCCAAAAUAUUCAUUGCGUUGCUCAGUAAAAUAUCAAAAGAGCAAACCUUGCAAUACGUGAUUUCUCUGUUAGAUGAUGUGUUUCAGGUAUACGGUUUCACUUCUUAUUUUCCGCAGGAAGAUAAGUCGAGGGUUGAAUUGUUCCACAACUAUUUCGCCGAGAAGAAUGAAAAUAUAUGGAAUCACUUUUUCAACUUUCUCCAAAGGCCGAACUUGGUGUGCGUCUAUCAAAUUUCUCGCAUCAUCACGAAAUUGGCCUGUUGGUCAUCGAAACUGAUGGAGGAAUCCUCAUUGCGCUACUUUUUAGACUGGCUACAGGAAUCUCUCCGACAGGCGAACAACGAGUAUUUGCAAACCGUGGCAAGGAAUCUGCAGAUGCUCCUCCGCAUCCGCGAAUACCGUGCGACGUUUGUGGCCCAGCAGGGUGUUGACACACUCCUCAAAGUACUACGACAGAGGGAUACCAACUGCGAGUUGGUUUAUCAGAUCAUCUUCUGCCUUUGGUGCCUCAGCUUCAGUGGCGACCUUGUCGAAACGAUGAUAAAGGACGCGACCCUUCUUCCGGCAGUAGCAGAUGUUUUCUGUGACACGGAACGCGAGAAGGUCCUGCGAAUAUCUAUGGCUUUUCUCAGGUCAGUCCUCGAGAAGUUGGAAGAUUCACCCCUGUUCCGCCAGAGCGCUCUCCGAUUGGUGCAAUGCAAGGUGCUAAAACGUUUGGAGUUGCUGGCUCAGAAGGACUUCAGCCACGAUCCCGAGAUGACAGACGACAUGAAAUUCCUCCAGGAGACGCUAAAGACUAGCGUGCAGGAUGUGAGCAGCUUGGAAGAGUACACCACCGAGUUGACCUCAGGCCGCCUCGAGUGGUCGCCAGUACACAAAUCGGAAAAAUUUUGGCGCGAAAAUGCUGACAAGUUCACGGAGAAGAACUACGAACUCUUAAAGUGA